AUGGAUCUUCUUGGUCAAGGUUUACGUUAUGAGGAAGAUGAUGAGCACGUUUUUGAAGAUAGUCCAGUUGAUUCAGUUUCAUCACGAUCAACAACACCACCAGAUUCUCCAAUUAAUGGUUUAGUUCGUCAUCCGAAUAAUGAUCAAAUAAGCAAGAUUGAACAACAAAUAUCGAUUGAUGAAAUUUCACAAUUGACUGCCGGCAUGUACAAAUUAUAUCAAACAAAUAAGCCAACAGUUGCUGAACAAUUACAAAUGAAAAAUCCUACAAUACCAAAGCUUAAUGAAGGCUAUUUGACACCACCACAAUCACCGUUUGUUCAACCUAAAUAUUCAAAUUUACCAUCAACAUUCCAAAAUGAUGAUUCAAUUAAAUUAGCUGAACAACUACCAUCUAAUAAAAGAACAAAUCCCUCUGAUUCAAUAUUCAAUGAUUGGUCAAUCAAUGUGCCAUCGACAGGAGUUUUAACCGCAAAUUCUCAAUCAUCAUCAAAAAAUCAAUCAAGUCUUCAACGUUAUAUGAGUACACAACGCAUAAUGUCAGAUAAUACAAUUCAAGGGUCAGCAGGUGAUUUUUCAACCGAAAAGGAGAUCGAAAGUUUUGAGCCAAAACGGCAUAUAUCUGUUACCGCUCAUGUUGAAACAGAAGGAAAUCAUUUGUAUUCGUACAUUUCAAAAGCAAUGGAUUCCUCAAAUUCAACAACAUGGCCAAAUUUGGGUAUCUCAGAUGUUUCUCAACAACAUUCCUUCAAUCAAGAUCUUGGCCGUAAUUCACCACUUCCAAAUGAUUUACGAGCUCCAGGUGCACCUCUUCAUGGAUUAUCACCAUUAGCAAAAUCACGUGGGCCAUCAUCAUUCAGCCCAAUGAGUGCUAAUCAACAACAUUCAGCAAUGCAGUUAAUAUUUCCACAACAACAAAAUCAUAUUACCGUACGCGGUGCUCAACAGACAAUGCCAGCGUUUUCCUCAUCAUCUGGUAUACCACAACAACAUUUCUAUCCACAACAAUAUCGUACUCAUCAACCACAGCCAAUGCCGUCAUACAACCCCAUGGAUCCAUCGUAUAAUUCAAUCGUGGAUGCUGCCGUUAGCGCUGUUCUAUUAAGACAACAGCAACAACAAUUGGCUCAACAACAACAAAAUAUUGGUGGUUUGCCGUCAAUGUCAUUUCUCAAUCCAGCGCAAUCUCAGUUGGUUAAUAAUAAUAAUAAUCGUCCAUUACGUUCAGAAAAAAUUGAUAUUGAAAUAAUUAAAGCAUUAAUUCGUCAAGCAAAAAUGAAACGUCGACUUGGAUUGAAAAAAGAGGUGUGUGUCUUCUGUCGUAAUAAUGGUGAAAACGAAUUAAUUUAUACUAGUCAUAGUUUGAAAGAUUCAAACGGUAAUGUUUCAUGUCCAAUAUUACGUGCUUAUCAAUGUCCAAUAUGUGGUUCAACAGGUUCAGCAGCUCACACAAUUAAAUAUUGUCAAGCAGCUAGUGAAGAUAGUAAACGUUUAUGUACUCCAUAUGAAAAGUUGCUCCGUCAACAAUUGUUACAAUCACUCGAUGGUAUGAAUAUGUAUGGUUUUUGUCUUUAA